AUGACUCUCACUCUAAUACAAGCUCAUGGUAUGGUUAUGAUUCUUGCAUGGAUGGUAUUUGCUUCAACAGGUAUUUUAUUUGCACGUUAUGGACGUUCAUUAAAGUUAGGAUCUCGUCGACAAUUACUUGGUAAAGCUGUUUGGUUUCAAAUACAUAGAUUUCUUCUUUCUCUAACACCAAUAUUAACACUUCUUGGCUUUCUUUUAAUAUUAGUUCAUGCUGGUGGUCAAUGGAUCAAUCCU